CGUCGUCCGUUCGUUUGUGCGGCUUUCAUUUUUAGCGACGCAUCAAGACAAGACACACAUCCAUAGCGACGACGACGACGACGACGACAGAAGAAGAGAAAGGCAGGACAACAUCACCAUGUCGCUCAUCGAGCCAUCUGCGCUGCCCAGCGCCAGCUCUGCCGACGUUGGCCAGCUGCUGAGCCGGCUGCUGGAGCUGCAUGCCGAGAAGCAGCUCACAUCGCUCAGCGACCAGUGCCUCGAGGCCAUCUCCUCGCUGCCGACCGAGGACCGGCCGACGUCGUACGAGGGCCUCCUCGACGUGGCGCGGUACUGCAUCGACGAAGAGCCCGGGUGGAAUGCGCAGGACAAGGCCGUGCUCCUCAGCGGGCAUCCUCGCAUCGGCCAGCCGGCACAGAGCACAAAGGAGGGCAUGAGCGAGUCGAGCAGGGCAGAGCAGCGCGCCGACACGGCCGACGAGGCUUCCGAUCAGCGACUCGCCUCGCUCAACUUCAUCUACGAGCACCGCUAUCCGUCAUUACGGUAUGUGACCUUUGUCGCUGGCCGGCCUCGCGCGGCCAUCGUCGACGAGCUCGCUUCUUUCCUCGGCGCUUCCCUCGCCUCGCUCCAGCCUCCUUCCACCUCGUACAACGAGCUCCUCGAGACUCCAUCCGAUUCGGUGCAGAAAUGGGCGCAUACAAAGAUCGAGGCCAUCGCCCUGGACUCGCCAGACUGGACCAAGGAGCUCAAUCGCGGCCUCGAUGCCCUCUUUGAGAUUGCCGCCAGCCGUGCGACCAAGCUACCAUCCUCCGCUAAUGCCUCAUCUUCCUCCUCGUCGGGCCUCGUUCCUGCCUCCGCCACAUCAGCGCCUGCCAAGGACGAGCAAAGACGAGGCCAGGCCGGCGACGACGAGUUCGACGAGCCGUUUCUCUCGCUCAAGCGCUUCACCUCGCUCGUCGAGGCCUCGCCCAUCCUCACGCACUUUUUCGAGCAGGACCUCGCCACUUCCUUUGUCCUCACUGCCCCCGCGCCUGCGCCCGAGAGCGCCCGCGAUGCCCUGGCGACGCUCGCCGCCGUGGCCGUCACGGGCGGCGGCGGCGGCGGUGCCACACGCAAGCGCGUCAAGGGCCUCCUCGGCGGUCUCUGGGGCGAGGUCGCCGACCGGGCAGGCAAGGUGACGGGCAGAGAGUCGCGCCGGGGACCGCUGCCGGCCUUUGGCGGCCGGGGCGACGCCACGGCCAAGAAUCUCGAGGAGGGCGUUGGCGCCGAUGUCAAGGAGGCAAAGGGCGUCACAAAGACGACGGCGUCAGUGCCAGCACCAGCGACGACAACGACGCUCGACGGCGCAGAGGAGCGGCUGCGCGUCGCGACGAAGCGCCUCGUCGAGGCCGAUCGUAGCCACUUUGUCAUUGACGAGCCGGGCAAUGCCAGCGGCGCCGUCGGCGACGACGACGAGGAAGAGGACGUGGGCGACGCGGAGCAAGACCUGGGCAUGGACCGGCUCGGCAUCGAUGAUGGCGCACAGGCAAAGGAAAAGGAUGCGACGCUGAGCGCCAAGGAGCAGCAGCUCGCAAAGGAUCUCCGCAGCGCACCGGCGCAGUAGAGCGUGGUCAUCCUUUCUUCUCUUUCUUCUUCUUCUUCUUCAUCGUCAUCAUCAUCAUCAGAGCCAGCACAGCUCCGCCAGCACUCUUUCUCAUUCCUGGUAUCAUGGUCUCCAUUCACAACUAUUCCUGUCCUGUUGCCUGUUGCCAUACCUAGUUAUACAAUUGGAUCAUCCCAUCUACUGUUCCUC